UCUAGCUGCCUGGCUGCUUUUCUAGUUGCAUCGCGAGCCCCCGCGUCUCUCCUUUCUCCAGGGCGCACACGGGGCGGCGGCGCGGACGCCCAGCCAAUAAGCCUCCUCCCUCCUCCCUCCUCCGCCCUCUCGCCGUCGCCGGCAGCCUCCGGCGGCGGCGGGAUCCCCUAUGGUGUGGUCUCUCGCGAGCCGGGGUGCUCGCGGCGGGCGGGUGGUGGAUCUGGUCCUCGGUGGCUCUGCGUGGGUGGAUAUGGUGAUGCUGUGAUGGGGCUCGAGCGGUUUUGGUUGCGAGGGCACCUUUGUCCCGUGGCUUGGUUGCCGCAGUGCCGGGGCUGAGCUCCACCUUAGGACGGUUGCGGCUACCGAGAGGAGGCUAUGCGUUGCGCCUAGGAUCUGGGGAAGCUGCGGCAGGCAGGUGGACUGGCUGGAUGGACUUCUUUCGGCUGGGGAUGUUCAGAGUGAAGCCGGAGGAAACCUCGACCAUGGCUGGGGCCAACGACGGCAACGUCCGUGCUCUUGGCGCGGAGUGGCUGAGGUUCUGGCAUGGGUUUUUUCGUGUUUCCUCGCUGUCUCUAUGGUGAGGAUUGGGUCGAUGUUCGGCUUCGGUGAAGUCGGAGUUGCUUGAUUCGAGUUUAGGGAUUGCGAUGAUGCCUGGAGUGAUGAAGAUGACACCGGUCUUGGCUUCUUUUGGUUCGAGGCUUUAAAUCAUGCAUCUACCGCCGAAUUUUUUGGAUCUCCCGCCGUACCCAGGGUGACAUCCGGUUCCUUCAGAAAGAGCCUACCUUCAACAAAACAUGGGACUAGCUUCAACAAGCGGAUUCUUGCAGGAAUACACUUUCCCAACAAAAGCGGCUGCUCCUUGGUCACCUAAGCGUUUUAUUACUUUUUCUAAAACUCCUCAGCCUCUUCACACCCACCCACCCACCCCUGUGGAAGACAAUGUUGAGUCUACUUUCCCUUUUGAGAUGGCAGGUCUUUGUGAUACUUCUAGUGCUGAUACCUCUAGUGACAGCCCCUGGCUAAGGCCAAUGGUACAUGUCCCAGCUGACGACAUUGAGGAAAAGAAGGUGCAAAUCAGAAGAGAAGCUGUGAAAAAGAAGAUCAAACUCAGAAGAAAAGCAAAAAAACGUGCGCAUAAAGACAAGUCCUCUGCCAGUGAAGACUCGCCCUUCCUCCAGGGCGAUGACUUCUAUGACAGCGACUACUAUUUAGGGUCAGAAGACGAUGUAACGAUUUAUGUGCAUCCCUUCGAGAAAAGAGCAAGAGAGUUUGAGGCUGAUUUCCAAAAUAUGGCAAUGAAGAUCCAUUGGUUCCCGACAAGUGUAGGUGUUGCAAAACAGUAUGUCAAGCCGAUGGUAGUGGCCAUUGGCCCUUACCACCGCAACUUAGAGCACCUCCAGGAAAUGGAUCAGCUGAAGGACUGUGCUGUCUACCACUUCAUCCUGGACUCGCGACACUCGCUCAGGGACAUCUAUCAGGCGGUUUUUACUGUGGCAGGCACUGCCCGAAACCUCUACUCAGAAGAGGGUCCGAAAAUGGAUGACUCAGCCUUUGUGAAUAUGUUGGUACGUGACGCUUGCUUCUUACUGCAGUAUAUUCGUGUACAUACUACUCCUCAUGAGAUGGAUGCGUCAUUUGCUUGCUGUCUCAUUGCACAACAAGCUUGCAUCAACAUUGACAUAAUGUUGCUAGAAAACCAGCUCCCAUGGUUGGUGGUCAAGACCCUGAUGAGCUUCAUGCCUGUGGCCGUGGAGGAGUUCUGUGCUCGCAUGUGUGGUUAUUUUCAGAUCCGCAAGGAUCUUAAGUGCAAACCAUUUGUCAUGGAUGAUAGCUACGGACCGCCACAUCUCCUUGCGAUUCUCCGUUCAUGUGCAAUUGGAAGAAUCCAUGGUGGACUGCCCUUACCACCAGUUGGGCUUGAGUCAAUGUCAACCAUACCUAGCGCCGUCGAGCUUGAAGAAAUUGGCAUCAAGCUCAAAGCAAGCAAGACAGCCAAGUUCAUGGACAUGGGCGUCAUGAAGAAAACCCUCUGCAGCAAGCUCUACCUGCCGCCACUAUCUCUGGACAAAACAAGGGCAUGCUGGCUCGCCAACAUGGUGGCAUUUGAGGUAUGCACGUCCAGCUUUAGGAUAGAGGAUGAAAACAUUGCUGUCAGCUCGUACCUCUGCGUCCUUGCGAUGCUCAUGAGUCGGGAGGAGGAUGUGCAAGAGCUCCGAAAAAAGCGUCUCCUACAAGGAGAACUCAGCAAUAGGGAGACACUGGAAUUUUUCAAAAGCCUUACCAUGUACCUGUACGGCGGCCCCCUCUACUAUCACAUCAUGGCAGACAUUGAGAGCUACAAGGUCAAUAGGUGGAUGUGGAUCAAGGUGCAUGAAUUUGUUUACAAAAACAUCAAAACGAUCAUCGCGGUGUUCUCAGUGGUUGGUGUACUUGCAGGCAUCUUCAAGACUCUCAUGUCUCUCCAUCUACACUAAAAAAAUGCCAUGUGAAGAAGGAUAUGAGGAAGUUUAUGGAUGGUCAGUGAAAGUUUGGGCUGACAGUCAAGAAAGAACGGACAGCUGCAUUUCAGCAGUAGCAGCAGUUAUAACUGUGUUCACUAGAACCUGGGCUUCCUAUCCCUAUGUUAUCAUGACUGUUCCCGACCGAGAUCUUUGUUUCCUGAUGAAGAUGACUCGAUCCCUAUUUGUUUACUACUACUAGUUAUGAUCUUGCAUGAUCUACUUGUGUCAGUGUUGUGGUUGUUCCCGUUGCUCUGCAUGCUCCCUAUUGUAUUUACAGAAUCGGAAUUCUUAUUCACCAUUGCUGAUAGGCCGUAGUUUGUCUACUCCACCUCAAAUUCUUGAAUGCAUCUGUGCUGGUCCGGCAAGGACUCGAUACCA